UCAUAGACUGUAAAUGAUUUCUCGCUAGUCGUGUUGAAUUGGUAGGUUGCAACUACGACAGCGUUCCUAAAGGGCAUAAACCCUAACAUUAAAACAGGAACAUUUCUACACGUACACGUGUUUGUUUCUAUUUGUUUUCCAGCAACACUUCGUUAAAUGUAACUUUAAAUUUGUCUUCCGUGUUUUGAAAAAGGACAGUGGUCAUUGUACUGUUACUUUAAGGUGGGCAAGCAGGUAGGGUGGAGUGCUUUCAAGUUGAGAGCUUUUUAACACCAUGGACAAAGACACUGUGCUGACUCACAUCCUGAAGCCGAAGGGCAUGUCGACACUCCUUGGUGGGGAACUGCCUCUAAAUGUGAUAAACAACAAUGGGUACAUACCCCUGCUGACUUCUGAAGCUCAGACAGCAGAAAGAAAUGUGGAAGGAAACUUGCCCUCCCUCAGUAAUGCCAUCCUGACUGCUCUGUCAGGUAAGGUCAAAACCGUGUCACUGGUUGGUCCUGAAGGAUCAGGUAAAACCACAGCUCUGCAGAAGCUUGUACUGGACUGGGCACAAGGUCAACACCUUCAAAACUUUACUGCUGUUUUUCACUUCCAGUUCAGGGAGUUGAAUAACAUGAAUUGGCCACUUUCCUUGGAGACGGUAUUGUUGCACCAUCAUGGUCUCAUCGAGCAUGAUUCAUUACCCUUAGUCCUGCAAAAUCCACAGGAUGUGUUGUUUGUUUUCGAUGAUCUGGAUGAUUUUAAACAGAGCCUGGACCCCACAACCCAAACACUCUGCUCUGACCCUUCUCAGGCAGCGUCACUGUCCUGCUUAGUGGCCAGCUUGCUUCAUGGGUCACUGCUGAAAGGAGCUGCCUUUGUGGUCGCCACCAGGACAACUGGAUUCCUAAGGUUUCUUGAUGGUACUCAGGUAGAAGUAUUGGGGUUUCUAAAGCCACAAAGAGAGGCCUACUUUCAAGGAUUCUUUACUGACCCAGGUGUUGCCAACAAAGCACUUCAGCACAUGGAAAGGACUCUAGGCUUUUAUGAUGUCUCUGCCACCCCAAGAUUUUGUUGGACAGUUUGUUCUACCUACAAAUCCCUGAUGGAUGCUGCAGCAAAACUUCCUGAAACAAUAUCUCAGCUGUAUGUAGACAUCCUGGUCAACCUGAUUCAGAUGCUGUCUCUGAGCCAGAACUAUAAUAAAGAACUAGUGUUGGCCCUUGGCAGGAUGGCAUCUCACUGCUCUGUCGAUCAACAUUCGAGCUGUAACAAAGAGGAAAUGGAUGCCUUUGGUUUUCAGCAGCUUCUCAACUCAGUUGGAGUUUUCUUACAAGUAGAUGGAGAGCGUUCAAGUAGACCGGUCUUCACCUUCCGCUCUCAAAUGAUGCAGGAGUUCCUCUUGGCCUUGUCUUUCUUUUUUGACAAGUCAAUGCCUAAGAGUGCGGAAAGUGUGUUAGAAAAGCACAAAGGUGCCAACUUUCUAGAUAUGUUCUUGUCAGCGCUCUCAGAGCCGACUCAGUGUAGACCUCUGGAGACCCUGAUCGGCAGAUUUGACCCAGAUCAGAUCAUGGAUUUCAAGAGUUGGUUCAAAAGCAGCUCAGCGAUGACCCUGAAGGGAUGCUAUAGAGACAAGCACCAGCGCUGCUUCCAUCUGCUGCAUCAGGCUCAAAGUGACAGUUUGGUGAAAGAGAUUGUCACAGACUCAGCACAUCUAGGUAUCAGCUACAGAGACCUGAGCCUCCAGGACUGUGUGGCUCUGAAUUAUGUCAUUACGUGCCUCGGUGAGAUGAAGCAGUUGAAUCUGUAUCUCACGAGAAAUUUGACCGAAGAGAAAGCAGAGAGGUUGGCUCCAGCUAUGAGCUUGUCUCAUAAUAUAAACCUGUCAGACUGCUCCUUGAGUACUGGAGCUGUCCUUCAUCUGGCUUCAGCUCUCAGCAGAGGGCUCACCACGGAUCUGAAUCUCUCUAACAGCCACUUGGGAGAUGAAAAGUUAAAAGUCCUCAGCGCUGGUCUCAGAGACUCCAAGCUGCACAAUUUAAAUAUUCAAGUAUGCAGCCUGACAGAGGCGAGCUGUGAAGAUCUGGUUUCGGUCCUGACUUCAGGCACCUCUCAGCUGUGUGUGUUGAACCUCCGAUGGAAUGCGAUCGGGGAUCAGGGCUUAAUGAAACUGUGCAAAGCCCUGCAGAGUCCUCACUGCAAACUACAGCAGCUCGUCCUACAAGCAAACGAGCUAACUGUUACAUCCAUGGAAGCUUUGUCUGCGGCUUUGUGUUCUGGCCAAUCAGAGAUGAGGAAGGUGGACCUGACAAACAACACAAUUGGCGACGCUGGAGUUGAGGCCUUGUGCAAAUCCCUGCAACAUCCACUCUGUAAACUGCAGAGCCUCAAUUUCUUUGAUAGUCAGUUAACUGGUGCGUGCUGCUCUCAUUUAAUGGAAGCCUUGAUGUCAGAGAACUGUUCUCUGACUGAGCUGGAGCUGACUGUGAAUGAUUUGGGCCAGGAGGGGGCACUGUUGCUCUGCAAAGCCCUCAGCAAACCUGGAUGUCCAAUAGAAACACUCGGUUUGAAACGAUGUGAGUUAACAGAGUUGGUCUUCAAAGACCUGGGCUCCGUGCUGACGAGUGGAACGUCUAAACUCAAGUCUCUGGUUGUGGGUAUUAAUAAAGUAGGAGACCGAGGGGUUAAACAUCUUUUGGAUGCAGUUGCACAUCCAAACUGUCUGUUGGAGGAACUUGAUGUUGAAAUGACAGAUCUUACUGAUGCCUGUGUGGAGGACGUGUGUGCUGCCAUACGAGCCAGUAAGACUUUGAAGAGCUUGGAACUAAGAAACAACUCACUGACUGACGCGUCUGUCCCAGCCCUAGUUCAGGUCAUGCAGGACAGCCCCAACAUGCUGGAGAUGUGCCUGAAGUACAACGACUUCAGUGAAGACGUUUUUGAUAUGUUGGAAGAGUGUAAUAGAAUAAGAUACUGAAGAAACCUGACGAUGACCUGAAAAACUGUCCUUACAGCUAAAAGGAGAAGAACAUAGAUGAUUUUUCUGUUGGUCAAAAAUGGAUUAGAGAUUGGUGAAAAACUUAAAUUUUCAAGCAAAAUUGGCUCUGAUUGUAGCUUUGUAGAUUUGAUUAAAAAAAACACUGAUAAAUCCACCUUGAAAGAAAGUAAAGAUUUGUUGUACGGAUUUCUGUGCCUUAUGUAGAGACCAGACAGUGGAUAGAGCCGAAAUCAGGGAAUGACGUGCAGGAAUGGAGCCAGAAAUUGGAUUCGAACAUGGGCCGUCCACUUGGAGGAGUACAGCCUCCGCACAUGGGGCGCACACACUAACCAUACCUGCACCCAGUGAAAUCCACCUUUAUUCUGUUUGCAGUUGAUAAUGAAUGGAGGAAAACCUUUAUUGCUACUGGGGGAAUUUGUCUUGCACUGAGAGCCUUAAACACCAUACAAACAAACAUUUACAGGACAGCACACAUGAUUACAAUUUUUUUAGGAAGUAUCUCCAAUUAGAAUCUGAUACAAAAAAAAUCCAAUACUUAAUCCUUGUCUAAAAACAACAAUUGAAUGUUAGGCCUUGUAUUGUUUAAGACUGUAGGGAAUCUUGGUGUCGUUGUGGAAGCCCUGAGUUCCAAACGUGUAUGCAUUGCAGCUGCAUCUACAAAACGUGAACUUCUCAUGCAGUAUGUGUACGAGUGAGACAUAGUGCUUCAAUAAAACAUUGUACCUUGAACUUAUGACCCUCUUACCCACUACAUAUGUCUUAGUUCAUGGUAAACGAGUUGAAUAUUCCUUAUAAAAAUGGUUGCCUUAGAGAUCCAAAAGCCAAUAUAUGAGACGUGCUUAUCAACCUGAGGAGCUCUGCUGUUCUCACUUUGAAUAGUAGUUUUAUUUAAUUGUGGAUUCCAACAUGCAGUAUUGCAUAACCAACAGUAAAAUUACAUAUUCAUGCUUUGUUAAUUAUUUUCAUAGUUGUUUCCCUAUACUUUAAUGCUAAGUCUUUAUACCACAUUUUGACAAAAUGCACUAGCUUCCUGUGUUUUACUUAGUUAUUUCUGUACCUUCACCACAGGCUCAGUAGAUGUGGUUUUUUUUUUACCGCUGUGCAAUGGAUUGUGGGUAAAGGUAGCCAAAAAAAAGCAUACUGGCUUGUACACGGCAAAAUGUGACCUAAUUAAGUAGGACAUCCUGGUAUUUUAGGCAAACAUAUACCAGAACAUACUAAAUCUGCUCUGACAUAAAAGUAUGGACAUGAAAUGCAGCCUUAAAUUACAAAAGACACUUCAACAAGAUUAAUAAGAAAACUCUGUCUACUACUGUUUUUUAAUAAUGCAAGGGUAAAAUAACUCAAGUCUCAGAAUGACUAGGAGAAACUUUUUUUUGUCUUUAGAAGACUUAGUUAUUUUAAUAGUUUACAGCUUAUCAGACCGGCUGCAGUUUUUUCAGAACACAGCUGAUUUCAUGAAAAAAAAAUGAACACAUCACCAGCCCUAGCAUCACAGUGUUGCACUGAUUCUUUAGUUUUGAUCUAAUUACAAAUAAAUGUGAGGGGUCAUGAUACAUUUCUUGAAUGAUGCUCUGUCGUGUGAGCCUUUCCGCUCUCUUGAGAUCAUCUGCAGCAGGUUUGCUUGGCGUGCCCAGAGUUGGAACCAAACAUUAAGGGGCAGUUUUUUUUUUUUUGUUUUUUUUUUAAACUUCAGGAACACUUAAGGUCAGACCAUACCUGUUCUCUUUUGUUUUCUUUUAAAUCAAGGCCAUCAUUUUGAAGUUAAAUGGGAUACAUGUUUAUACCUUUUGCACUACGUCAACCUUGUAAAGCGAGCUUGUUUAUCUCUUUCCCUGUCUGAUUUGUUUUUUUGCAUAUGCAUGCCUCGUUUGUUUAUGCAUAGUGUAUGUAAAGCACUUUGAGUUGCCUUUUCUGUGUUAAAUGUUUACAAAAGAACCCUUGCACUUCCAUAAUAAAGUAAAGAUAUCACACUUUC